AUGGUGCUUGCAAAGAAGAUUAAAAAGUCAGUGGAAUGGAUCAACUCUAGGCUUCUACUUGUUAUAAAAAGUGGAAAGUACAUACUGAGGUACAAGCAGACUCUAAAGAUGAUCAGGCAAGGCAAAGCAAAAUUGGCUAUCCACACUGAAAACUGUCCAGCUUUGAGGAAAUCCAAAAUAGAGUACUAUACCAUGUUGACCAAAACUGGUGUCCAUCACUACAGUGACAAUAAUUUUGAAUUGGGCAUAGCAUGUGGGAAAUACUGCAGAGUAUGCAUGCUGUCUAUCAUUGAUCCAGACGAUUCUGAUAUCGUUAGAAGCGUGCCAGAACAGACAGGCCACCACCUUGACCAUUCAGGCUUCUCAGCCAGUCCAGCCUGUGGGCCUUGGAGAGCCCAAACUGAUCAGGGGCUGAAAGGUUCUCCAACACGGCACAGCUGCUCUACCAAAAAGCAGCCAGACUGCUUCUUUAAGUGGGUCUGUGAUCCCGUUCCUCCUAACUGGGUGAGACCUCCCAACCAGGGACUCCAGCCAUCUCCUACAGGUGCAUUCAGGCUGACAAUAGAUCAGUACCCCCCCUGCGAUGCAGCUUCCAGAGGAAGGGGCAGGCUGCCAUUUUUGAUGUUUCACAGCCUUCAUCAGUGA